UCAACAGGCGAAGAUUGUAUUGCAAAGCUCCGUGAUAUCAUAGAAAAUGAUCUCCAAUUGCAAUCAAACAUCGAGAACGCCCACAGGAUCGGGCCCUUCAAGGAUGAUGGCACUCCCAGACCAAUUUUGGCUAAGUUUUUGUAUCGUCCGGAACGGUUUAGAGUUAUUAAAAAGAAGAGGGAUCUACGUGAUGGUGUGCGCGUUUCGGAUGAUUUGAUAUGGGAAGACCGUCAAAAGAAGAAACAAUUGAGAUCUGUUAUGAAAGAAGCAUUUGAAGCUGAGAAAAGACCUUGAUUUCAUCAUGGCAAGCUUUAUAUCGACGGUGAGCUACAUCAGGCUUGAGAUGUUUGAACAGUAUACACUUUUGUUUAUGUGUAAGUCCCAUCUUAAAUGUCUACAUAGCUUUAUAAUUAUCAUUUAUCUUAAAUUGUUUACUUUUAAAUUUCGUCAAGCUAAAACUUUAUGCAAAUGACCCAAGAGUCCUCUGACCCUGAUUUAAAUUUACAAUUGCUAAAUGAUCAUGGGAUUUACACAGUUGAAGAAAUUAACGAGUUGUCUCGUACUGUCAAACCUCAAUACUCUGUUAUUCACUUAAAUACAAGAAGUUUAAAACAACAUUUCGAACAAAUGUGCAAUCUUCUGGAUUCGAUUUCAUGUAAGUUUGAUUUUAUCGGUUGCUCCGAGACAUGGUUCACCUCUGAAACUGAUUAUACACGUUUUCAAAUCCCAGGUUACACUUUACUCAAUGAAAAUCGCACCUUUUCGACAGGCGGCGGUGUUGCUUUGUAUGUCAGAUCAGGCUAUUCUUUCUCAAUUAGAAAUGACCUCAAAAUAGACUCAAUUGAAAACCUAUGGAUAGAAACUAAUGAUAUGAUUGUGGGUGUCAUUUAUAAACCCCCAAAUUUUUCAAACCCAGAAUUUUUAGACAAACUUGAAAGAACUCUACACAAUGUUUUUCUCUCUAAGAAAAAAUGCAUUUUAAUGGGUGAUACUAAUAUAAAUACUCUUACAAAAACAAGUGUCUCUAAGGAAUAUAUUAAUUUAAUACAAUCAGAAGGAUUCAGUCAGCUGAUCUUUGAAGCAACACAUAUUACUGAAAAUUCACAAAGCUGCAUUGAUCAUAUCUUUACAAAUAUUUCGACUUCCUGCUCAAGUGGCAGCCUCGCAGUUGAGAUUGCGGAUCAUCUACCAGUCUUUACUAUUUUGUAUGACCCGAAAUUUAGUCCUUUUCCUGAUUAUUUCGAAUUCAGAGACUUUCGGAGUUUUGAAGAUGAAAAUUUCAAAUUAGAUCUACGAAGAGAGAGCUGGGAUUCUAUUUACAAAUGCAAUGAAGUAAAUGAAGUUAUACCAGGUUCCUACAUAUUUUCAAUAAAGUAUGUAGUAAUUAUCGACCUAUCUCAGUUCUCUCCUCUACAAGUAAAAUAUUUGAGAGAUGUAUUUUUAAUCAGCUGAUGUUCUAUUUUACGAAUAACAAUAUGAUUUCCCCAAAACAAUAUGGAUUUAGACCAGGUUUUACAACCUCUGAUUAUCUGAUUGACCUUAUUGAAGAAAUAACCUCCUCUCUUGAUAAGGGACUUUAUGUGGUUUCUUUAUUCUUAGAUUUAAGUAAAGCAUUCGAUACAGUAAACCAUCAAAUAUUACUAAAUAAACUUAAGUACUACGGAUUACAACAAAGUGAAUACAACUGGUUUCAAUCCUACUUAAAUAAUAGGAAACAGCAGGUGCAUGCAAAUGGUGUUGCUUCCAAUACACGUUUUAUCUCCACUGGUGUGCCUCAAGGAUCGAUACUAGGACCUUUGCUGUUUAUUAUUUUCAUUAAUGACCUUCCAAAGUCUUCCACCUUUUUUUCUACCAGAUUAUAUGCAGACGAUACAUCUCUAACAGCUUCUGGAAGUGAUCUUGACAGUUUAUUGCGUGAAAUUAACAAUCAUUUACCAGCUGUCUACGAAUGGUUAUGCAGUAAUAAAUUGACCUUAAAUUUGACAAAAACUAAGUUUCUUAUCUUUAUGCCUCGUCAAAAGGAAAGCUACAAUCUUUAUCCACCACUAACCGUAGCAAAUGUUCAUCUAGAGAAGUCCUUUUAUGUAAAAUAUCUUGGUGUGUAUAUUGAUUGUCACCUUACUUGGCAUGACCAUAUUGAUUACAUAUGUGGCAAAAUUAGCAAAAAUAUAAAUAUAAUGGUUAAGUUGAAGCAUUAUGUAUCAAAAGCAACACUUACUAGUGUGUAUUAUUCUCUUAUUUAUCCUUACCUUACUUAUGCUUGUACACUUUGGGGAAAUAAUUAUAACGCUCCAUUGUCUCAAAUCGUAAAGUUACAAAACAAAGCGGUUCGUGUUAUAAAUGAUGUUCCUUUAAUGGAAUCAAUAACUCCACACUACACAUCCUUAGGCCUUCUGAAAUUUCCUGAUAUUGUUAAACUGAACACA